AUGGCAGGCUCCAAGGCUACGCUUGAAUCCUCAAAGAAGGAUUCAACUCCAAAGUCUGCAAAGUCCCACAAGCGAAAGAGGGAUGUCGAAAACUCUACUGCAACCACCCCAACUCCGACCAAGAAACACACGAAGCGCGAGAGCCUACCUUUGGCCGUGUCGCCUGCCAAUGAUGGCAGCACUACCAAGCGGAAACGACUGAAGGAUGCCCUUCAAGGCAGCGAUUCUGAGAAAGUGAUCCAGAAAGACAGCACUGUUUCUCAAGAAAAGCGGAAGAAGGACCGAGCUGGUGAAUCAGGCAUGAAAUUAGUGGACGGCAAGCGAAAGAGUUCAAGGAAAGACAGGGGAGCAGAUUCCGAGCCUGAAAAGGUGAGCCCGGAGUAUGAGGAUGAGAAGGAAGCAGAAGAGCCGUCUGAAGAUGAGGGCAUGCGCCGCAAGUCGUCCAAAUCCAAAUAUGCGGGCAUCCUGUCCAAAUUCGAGCGCACCAAAACGGCAGCUAGCGCAAAAGCCAAAAAGGCCAAAAAAGGAGAGCUCAUGGAGGACGAGCAGACACCCGAGAUGACUGUUGAGCCUGUCAUCGCCAAAGGUCUUGAACCAUUGCCCCAGCCGGAGAACCCGCCUGAGGUGACGGAGACGCCCACGUACUCCUCAUUGCCUGCAUGGCUAGCCAACCCCUUGCGAACGUCGGCAAACGAACGAGCUAAAUUUUCAGACCUUGGAAUCAAACCCGAACUCCUACGCAUCCUCGAACAAAACAAUUACAAGGAGGCAUUUGCUGUGCAAUCCACUGUUAUCCCGCUGCUUUUGGAUGGUAGUAACAACCACCCAGGUGAUCUAUGUAUUAGUGCAGCGACAGGUUCGGGAAAGACACUUUCCUAUGUCCUCCCUCUGGUCACAUCCCUCACUCCCAGACCUGCUUCGCGACUGCGAGGACUUAUUGUGGUUCCAACAAGAGAAUUGGUCAAGCAAGCACGGGAGGCCUGUGAACUCUGUGCCUCCGGUUCCCGUCUACAUAUUGGAAGUGCCGUGGGUAAUGUGGCAAUCAAAGAGGAACAAAAGCUUCUAAUGCGAGUCGACCAAAUCUACAACCCCGCAACCGUCGCACAGCGGCAGAAAUCAGGACUGCAAGGCAACGACUGGAUGGACUUCAGUCUCGAAGACUGCGUCAAUGAAGCAAUUGACUCGAACGAAUUUUUGCCUGGCUAUAUCCAGCGAGCCGAACCAAACGUGGAUAUCUUGAUUUGCACGCCAGGUCGACUUGUUGAUCAUAUUCGAUACACGAAGGGGUUUACACUCAAGCACCUCGAAUGGCUGGUCAUCGACGAAGCCGAUCGUUUGCUAAAUGAGAGCUUCCAAGAAUGGGUGGAUGUAGUUAUGGGAUCGCUCAACUCACGCCAGGCGCCAGAGACGUUUGGGCCCGGGGGUCAACUGCUGUCGGAGCUGGGACUUGCCAUUGAAACCUAUCCACCCCGGAAAGUGAUCCUGAGUGCUACAAUGACCCGAGACAUCACCAAACUGAAUUCUCUGCGCCUUGAUAACCCUAUGAUGGUCAUCAUUGGUGCUGAGAACACUACAGAUGCGGAAGACUUGUCUGCCUCCCAUCGCGAUGCUCAUUACACCCUGCCACCAACCUUGCAGGAGCACAUUGUUGCCGUGGAUGAUGCAUCUCAGAAGCCUCUCUACCUCCUCCAUCUUCUUUUGUCCCACAUACAGAUUGGCGGUGCGGAAAAUCGCGCGACCGCGCAAGCAACUGCUUCGAUUGAGUCCGACUCUGAGAGCACUAGCUCCGAUGAUACUAGCUCUGACGAAUCUUCUGACGAUGAUACUUCUUCUUCUGGCUCUGACUCAGAUUCCGACUCCGAGACUUCAUCAGAUUCCGAUUCCGAUUCAUCAAGUGAUUCAUCAUCAGAUGAAUCUUCCGAUUCCGAUGAUGGUGUCAUUGACAUUGUGCCCAAAGCUGUUAUCCCCCGUACCACGGUCCUCAUCUUCACCAAGUCCUCCGAGGCUGCAUCUCGACUUUCUCGUCUUAUUUCCCUUCUUCAUCCCCCACUUGCCAACCGGGUGGGAACCAUCAUCAAAUCGAACAAGUCGUCUGCUUCCCGCAAGACACUGGCAGCGUACCGUCGCGGUCGGAUCUCGGUUAUUGUCGCUACCGAUCGUGCGUCUCGUGGUCUGGAUCUUCAGUCCCUGACUCACGUUAUCAACUACGAUAUUCCGCCCAGUGUGACCACCUACGUGCACCGUGUUGGUCGUACCGCUCGUGCGGGCCGCGAGGGCUCCGCAUGGUCUUUGGUCGCCCACCGCGAGGGCAGAUGGUUCUCCAACGAAAUUGCCGCCAGCGUGGAAGGACGGAUCACACGCAUUGCCAAUAUUGAUCGGGUCCGUGUGAAACUGGAUUCCUUGAAGUCGAUGCAGUCAAAGUACGCGGCAGCUUUGGACAAGCUGGAGAAGGAGGUAAAGGUUGGCAGGGCAGGCCCAUCCAAGCGGGCGUAA